AUGGAACGACGACUGGAACUAGGACAAUGGAACAACGACAAUGCAACGACAAUGCAACGACGACAAUGGAACGAGAUCAAAAACCCCCAAGAAAAUAUCAAAAACAUGGAAACUGGAGAAGACGAUUGUUACCGAGUACCCAAUUUUAUCCUGGAUGAUCAGGAUCGGAUCUCAUCACAUAGUGGCCCGGAGGAAGGUUUGAGGGCUUGA